CGGUAACUUUAACGGAUAAUUUCUGUUAUUGUUUUUUAGUUGACAAGUUCUGAUGUAAAAUUUAAACUUUUAUUACAUUGCUGGGUAAUUUGGAUGUCGUUUUUAAGUUAAUAUGGCUACAAAAGCUGCUUAUUUAGAACAUUAUCUAGAUAGUUUGGAGACACUACCUGCUGAAUUACAGAGGAACUUCAGUUUAAUGCGUGAUUUGGAUACCCGAGCCCAAGAGGAGCUCAAAACUAUUGACAAACUUUCAGUAGAAUAUUUUAAAAGUAUUCAUGAGUUGUCAUCAGAGAAUAAAGCUGAACAAAUGUCCAAAAUUAGAAAAUUAUUCAAGAAAGCCUUAGAUUAUGGUGAUGAUAAAGUUCAGUUGGCUAUGCAGACUUAUGAAAUGGUGGACAAGCAUAUAAGGCGGUUAGAUGCUGAUCUUGCAAGGUUUGAAGCUGAUUUAAAAGAUAAAACCUUAAAUCCUCAUUCUUCAGAUGGUGAUACAGCCCACAAAAAAAAGGGAAGAAAAGCUGGUGAAAAAGAAAAGAAAAAAGGUCGACGGGGUACUUCAGAUGAUGAUGAAAUCCCUAAAUCAGUGCGGAAAAAACUCAAAACACAAGUUGCUAUUCAACCAGAAAUUGGUGCUCUUCCAGCUGCAUUGACAAUUACUCAUCCUUCAGACGUGCUUGAUAUGCCUGUUGAUCCAAAUGAACCAACUUAUUGUUUCUGCCAUCAAGUAUCUUAUGGGGAAAUGAUUGGUUGUGAUAAUCCAGAUUGUCCCAUUGAAUGGUUUCAUUUUGCAUGUGUUGGGUUAACAAGCAAACCUAAAGGAAAAUGGUAUUGUUCAAAUUGUUCUGCAGAAAGGAAGAAAAAAUGAUUCAAUGAAUGGAUUUAAAUUAUAAAGAACCAUAUUUGAUGCCUGUAUAUAUUUUUCAAUUUAUUGAAUUCUUUAAAUUCAUUCUUUCUUGCAAUCAACAUGCACUACUGCAUACUUUUAUGUAAGCCUGCUUUGAAACGAAGCAAAGCAUAAAUUAAAUUCAAACAUUUUAAUUUACUCUCAUUGUGAAGGAACAAGUUAGAACAUACCUCACUUGUUGUUGCAUUAUUAAUUUUAUUUUAUUUUUUGUCUGAAAGUAAAUAAAUUUAAAAUAUAAAUUUUAUAUAUUUUCAGAAAUGCUUUUGUAACUUAACCAUUGAGUUGCUGAGAAAAUUCUGGCCAUUUCAAAACCUUAUUGUAAGUGCUUAUGUUUGUAUGAAACCAAAAGCUGAUUGUUGCAAAAGGUAUGAUUAUUCUCAUAAAAUACCCUUUAGCCAAUGCUGAGGAAGAUAUCAGAUCCAAUCUGCAUAGCUGAGAAAUGAAUAAUCUGCUAGCUACUCAUUUAUCUUAGCUCCAUUGAUUAAGACUUGUUCCUUCCACAUUUCUGAAGCUAGGAAACACAGCAGUCUAUUAGUAUCAGAUUUAAUCUAAUUACAAUGGCUAAAUCAAAUUUUUUUUUUUGCUCAGGCAUGUUAACUUUUGGGAGUUUGCUUCAGCCACGUGUUAUUGUGAGUUAUUGUGUAGGAAUUGGAGAAAACUGUGCCACUGCUGCUGUAUCUCAGUGAGUUUAAUACUACUAACAUGUAGAAUCACUUCAGGUGUGAAUCCUUGGUUAGGUUGAAGCAUAGGUAAGUUAUUUUUUCCCAUAUAAGUUAAUUUGAGCUAUUCCAUAUAAAUUCAUGAUGUAGAGGCACUAUUUCCUAUUCCACAUGGAAAUAGAACUUGGGCAUUGAUAUGGUGAAAAAUGGAAAGCAAAGCAUUAUCUUCCAAAGCUGAUAUCAGGGUUCAGAAUUUCAUUGUGAAUCUUGCUUGCCAUAUACACAAAAUGCAGUAUUAAUGUGAUUAUUCAAUAUCACACCAGCAAACCUAGAUCUGAAGUUGCAUGCUUAAACAAAGGACUUAUUUGAAGGCACAUACAUUAGAGUAAUUAACUUGAAUUUAGUUUUUUGUUUCUUCUUACCUACGUUUUAUAUAACCGUAUAUUAGAAGUUUUGAGAGUGAUCCGGUGAAGAUUCCUUUGAGAGGCCAGAAACAGCCAAAAUUUUCUCAUCAACACAGUGUCUCUGGUAUUUGAAUUGCAAGAAAUUCAUUUCAUUUUUUAUUUUCAUCUAAUUAAUAAUAAUAACGAGCAUUUCAUCUUUUUAUAUUUAUAAUAAAUAUACCUAAGACACUUGUCUUGGGAUGUAUGUAAAUAAAACAUAUUGCUUUUUUUCCCCCCAACUUGUUUGAUUUUUGUUUAACUCUGUUCUAGUUUGUUUUGAUUGUUAUUUGGUUUAUAAUUUAUGUUCUGAAAUGACACAUCUGCUAAAUUCAACAGUCAUUUUGUACAGAAUAUAAAAUAAAUUUCGGUUUUUAAUUCA